GUGUCAUUAUAUACGUUGCAUUCAUCUUUCAAAAUGAUCAUUUAUCGUGACAUUAUUUCUGGCGACGAAUUUGGUUCUGAUGCAUAUCCUGUUAAAGUCGUUGAUGAUGUAGCUUUCGAAAUCGACUGUCAGAUGAUUACGGUUAAAGAAGGUGUUGAUGUUGAUAUCGGCGCGAAUCCCUCGGAGGAAGAAACCGAAGAAACUCUCGAAGAGGGAACUAUCCAAGUUAAUAAUGUAGUUCAUGCAUUUCGUCUUCAAGAAACCUCUUUUGAUAAGCGUGCCUACCAAACCUAUCUCAAGAGUUAUAUGAAGAAACUUGCAGAACAAGUCCAGUGCAAACCUGACGUUGAUAUGAAUGAGUGGAAAAAAAAGAUCAAUGCUUUUUCAAAAAAGAUUUUAGAUAACUUUUCUGAUUACCAAUUUUAUAUCGGUGAGAGUUUUAAUCAAGACGGCAUGGUUGCCCUAUUGAACUACCGUGAAGAUCAAAUUACUCCUUAUCUCACGAUGUUUAAGGACGGAUUGAAGGAAGAAAAAGUG